CCGAAUGGUGAAUAGCAGCUGCCGCGGUUACGGGAGGAGAGGAACAGAAGCCGAGCAGGAGGGAGAGCCAGCAGCGGUACUUCGGACUUCGGAUUUUUUUUACCCCCUUUUUUCCUCCCCCCCCCCAAAACACAGAACCGUAUCGACAGAGACCCUCGAAAGAAAGCGGACCGGGGGGAGGCGAAUUUACAGAAAAGUGAAAAAUGGCGGCCGCGGCCUCGCCGGGCUCCUGCUCGUCCAACUCCUCCGACUGGGUUGUUCUGAGGGACGGAUGCCUCCGUUGCGACGAGGAGGGCCUGCGGAGCCUGUCCUACCACCCGGCCCUCAACGCUAUCCUGGCGGUCACAAGCCGGGGCAGCAUCAAAGUCAUCGACGGCACCUCGGGGGCCAUCCUGCAGGCCUCCGCGCUGCACGCCAAACCCGGGGGCCGUGUGAGGUGUCAGUACUUUCCAGCGGUGGACAAGGUGCUGUUCGUGGAUGACUACGCGGUGGGCUGCAGGAAAGACCUGAACGGCAUCCUCCUUUUGGACACAGCUCUCCAGGCCCCUGUGUCCAAACCGGAGGACAUGGUCCAGCUGGAGUUACCAGUCACAGAGGCCCAGCAGAUGCUGUACGCAUGCCUGGAGAAGGUGGACAUUUCCAACACGGAGGGCUACGACCUGUUCCUCACCCAGCUCAAAGAAGGCCUGAAAAAUACCUCACACGAGACGGCAGCCAAUCACAAAGUGGCCAAGUGGGCGACGGUAACCUUCCAUCUCCCGCACCACGUGCUGAAGCUGGUUGCGAGUGCCAUAGUGAACGAGCUGAAGAAGCUGAACCAGAACGUUGCUGCCUUGUCCGUCGCCUCCUCCGUCAUGGACAGGCUCUCCUACCUCUUACCCAGCGCCAGGCCAGAACUGGGGGUCGGCCCCGGACGCUCCGUAGACAGGUCUUUGAUGUACAGUGAGGCAAAUAGGAGAGAGACCUUUACAUCCUGGCCUCAUGCUGGCUACAGGUGGGCUCAGCCAGACCCCAUGGCCCAGGCAGGCUUCUACCAUCAGCCUGCCUCUACAGGUGAUGACCGGGCCAUGUGUUUCACCUGCAGCGUAUGUCUGGUGUGCUGGGAACCUACAGAUGAGCCAUGGUCGGAGCAUGAGCGCCAUUCACCCAACUGUCCGUUUGUCAAAGGGGAGCACACACAGAACGUGCCGCUGUCCGUCACUUUGGCCACAAGCCCUGCCCAGUUCCCUAGCUCCGACUGCUCGGACAAGAUCGCCUGCUAUGGCUUCGGGAGCUGCCCACACUUCCUUGCCACGGCAACCAAGAGGGGGAAGAUUUGCAUCUGGGAUGUUUCCAAGCUCAUGAAGGUGCAUUUAAAGUUCGAGGUGAACCCGUACGACCCCGCCAUCUUGAGGCAGCUGAUCCUGUCGGGGAGCGAACAGCAGAGUCUCACAGGCUCAGAGUCCCGCAGACCCACUCUGGCCUGGCUAGAGGACACGUCCAGCUGCUCUGAUAUACCUAAACUAGAGGGGGACAGUGAUGAUCAGUUGGAGGACUCGGACAGUGAGGAGCAUUCUAGAUCGGAGUCUGUCACGGGGCCGCUGAGUCAGAAAGAGAGCAUGGAGGUCAGCGUGGGGGUGACGGCCUUGAGCGUGCUUCAGCAGCCUGAGAAGUUGCAGUGGGAGGUGGUGGCCAGCGUACUGGAGGACACAGUAAAAGACCUGGAGGAGCUGGGGGCCAACCCGCCCCACUCUCUCGGGCCCCCUAAACCUGAAAAGGCCAAGGAUAAGCCAGUCGAGCACCACAACAUUCCCUUCCCUUGCCUGCUGGCUGGAGGCUUACUAAGCUACCGCUCGGCAGCCAGCUCCCCGCUGGCCCCACCGCAUUCCCGUCGCCCCAUGGACAGCCCCCUAAGGACUUCUGCCCCUGAGGGCUUUGUGCCCGACCAGGGUCUUAUGGAAAUUGAGACGUGCAAUCCGCCCUCUGAGCUGGGCUCGCCCGGCCCUCCCCCAGGCGCCCCCGUGCGCAGGACUAUGCCUGUUCUGCUGCUUUACAGCAUCAAGGAGGCGGACGAGAAGUCGUCUGGCAAAGUUUUUGCCCAGAUGAACAACCUAAUGAACAAAGGGUUGCACGAGGAGGGCUUUACUGUGCCGCAAAUCAUUGAGAUGGAGUUUGACACGCACGAGCAGCUCCUGCUUCAGGACCCCCCCAUUACAUACAUCCAGCAAUUUGCUGACGCAGCUGCCGGCCUCGGCUCACUGGAUGGCGAGAAGUGGAGCUCGCUGGGAGCAGUGCCGCGACCUGGUGCCCUGGUGCAGUGUCUGCGCCUCCCUAAAGCUCUGGAGGAGGAGAACCUGUAUGUGGACUCGAUCACGCCCUGCAGCGACGGCGUGCACCUGCUGGUGGGGCUGCAGCCCUGCUCCGUUGAGUCACUGAGUGCCAUCAACCAGGUGGAAGCGCUGAACACGCUCAACCGCCUCCACUCGGCGCUCUGCAGCCGUCGCAAGGGUCAGACACUGGCCAACGGGCACCAGAGUCAUGCAGGUUCUUCGCCCCCCCAGACGCCUCUCAUCCUGCCCCCAACCGACCAGCAGGAGCAGCCCCACACCUCCAGGCCAUUUGGGGGCAGCGGUGGGGGUGGCUACCUAGCUCUGUACAAGCUGAACUACUCCACUCGCAUUGUGACGUUGGUGGAGGAGCCUGUGAAAGUGCAGCAGAUCCGGGACCCACGGGAUGCAGUCACAUCGCUGCUCCUGCUCCCGCCGGACGUUCUGGAUGGGAGGGAGGACGACGGUGAGGAGACGUCUGAAGAGUCCACGCCGUCUGGGAUGAAAAAUGGUGCUGGGCCGGGACCCUCGGCCACCGUGGCUGGCCCCAGCACUGCCGUGGGCUCCGGGAAGGAAAAGAGGGGCGAGGUAGCUGGACUAGGCCACCUGGUGGUCACCACGCAGGCGGGUUAUGUCAUGAUCUUGGACCUGUCCACUCUGGAGGUGCUGGCCAAAGUGGAGCCACCCAAAAAAGAGGGGACAGAAGAGGUAGACCCCUUCGUCUCUGUAACCUACUGCUCUGGCACCGACCGCCUGUGUGCCUGCACUAGAGGUGGAGAGCUUCAUUUCCUUCAAAUUGGAGGUGUGUGUGACGAUAUAGAUGAUGCCGACAUUUUUGUCGACGGCCCCAUUUCUAAAGGGGUCGAGCAGCUACUGGAGGGAGCAAAACCCUCGUCCAACCCCUCGAGUCCUGGGAUCACAGGAGUUGACCUCCUGGUGGACCAACCGUUGACCGUGGAGACACUUUCUUCUCUGGUGGAGCUGACUCGCUUUGAGACGCUGACUCCUCGCUUCUCAGCCACAGUGCCCCCUUGCUGGGGGGAGGUGCAGCAGGAGCAGCAGCAGCGACGUCACCCACAGCACCUACACCAGCAACACCACGGAGAUGCCGCACAGCACACGCGCACCUGGAAACUACAGAGCGACAGCACCAGCUGGGAUGAACACGUGUUUGAACUGGUCCUGCCCAAAGCCUGCAUGGUGGGACACGUGGACUUCAAGUUUGUGCUGAAUGCCAGUAUUACUAACAUUCCCCAGAUCCAGGUCACCCUGUUGAAGAACAAGGCCCCUGGGCUUGGCAAGGUCAAUGAGUCAGCUGUGGACCGGCAGAUAGUCUUCCCUCUGUCACAUGUCUUGCAAGCUAAUGGCGAGAGGAACGGUCAGCCACUUUUACACGAUUUCACAGAGGACAUCCAGUUUAUGGAUAUCGAGGAGACGUCAGGAUCCAGGCUGUGCGCUUUCCUGGAGGACCAUAAGGAAGACAUCCUGUGCGGACCUGUGUGGUUGGCCAGCGGCCUGGACCUCUCGGGUCAUGCCGGCAUGCUGAGCCUCACAAGUCCCAAACUCGUUAAAGGCAUGGCAGGGGGAAAGUACCGCUCGUUCCUGGUCCACAUAAAGGCAGUGUGUGAGAAGGGACCGGAGGAGAGUCCACGGCGCAUUGUACGGAUGACCCCCGCCAAGCCCCAGUGCAGCAAUAAAGCACACUCCUUAUCCUCCCUGCUUCAAAAAGCCCAGGCCACAAAGGAGAAGGCCUCCACAUCCAAAUCAGAUCCUCAGGCAGCUCCUAAAAAGCCUGAUAACCUGCGGGGCUGCGACCUGCUCCUGGAGGUGUCCAUCACAAUCAGAAGGUUUAAGAAGACGUCUGUACCCAAAGAAAGAGUGCAGCGCUGCGCGAUGCUGCAGUUCCCUGAGCUGCACGAGAAGCUGCUGGGGGCGCUGUGUAAGCGUGGUGAGGAGGAUUCGCCCUCUGAGCACUCGCAGAGCCUCAUUCUGGACAUUCUCUGCUGGCUGGCUGGGGUCUACUCCAAUGGCCCCUGCAGCCUCAGAGAGGGAAAGGAGGGGCUUCAGACCAAAACAAGGAAGCGCCUGACUGACAUCAUCCGGGUGUGCUUCUUCCAGGCGGGCCGUAGCAUCGCCCACAAAUGUGCCCGCUUUCUUGCACUUUGUAUUAGCAGUAAUGGUAAAGGAGACCCAAAUCAGCAGGGUUUUGGCCAGGCCCUGUUGAAGGCCCUGCUGGAUAAUAUGCCUUACUUGCCUGCUGCAGCGACAGGAGGUUCAGUUUUCUGGUACUUUGUGCUGUUAAACUACGUGAAAGAUGAAGAUCUGGCCGGCUGCAGCACCGCCUGCGCCUCUCUGCUCACAGCUGUAUCCCGGCAACUUCAGGACCGCCUCACUCCACUGGAGGCCUUGCUACAGACCAGAUACGGUCUGUACGGCUCUCCCUUCGACCCAGUUCUCUUUGAUCUGGAGGUGAGCGGGUCUUCCUGUAAGAACGCCUACAGCAGCAGCAUCGGUGUUCAGUCAGACGAGAUAGACCUGUCUGACAUUCUCUCAGGUAAUGGUAAGGUCAGUGGCUGUGGGGCUGCUGAGGGUAGCUUCACGGCUCUGACCGGUCUACUGGAGGUCGAGCCUCUGCACUUUACUUGCGUCUCCACUAGUGACGGCACUAGAGUGGAGAGGGACGAUGCAAGUAUGUUCACCGUGAGCACGUUUGGCGUGACCCCCACGGUGGCUGGGCUGUCAGCGGGGACCGUGGGCGAAGCUUCUACAGCUCUGAGCUCAGCCGCUCAGGUGGCCCUGCAGUCGCUCUCCCACGCCAUGGUUUCCGCAGAGCAGCAGCUGCAGGUGCUGCAGGAGAAACAGCAGCAGCUGCUCAAACUGCAGCAGCAGAAGGCCAAACUGGAGGCUAAGCUUCACCAGACCACCUCAGCGGCAGCGCAGGCUGCGUCUGGGGUGGGGCCCAUGCACAACUCCGUGCCUUCCAACCCCUCAGGCGCCCCGGGCUUCUUCAUCCACCCGUCUGACGUCAUCCCUCCGACACCCAAAACCACACCGCUCUUCAUGACGCCCCCGCUCACGCCACCCAACGAGGCCGUGUCGGCUGCUAUUGGCGUGGAGCUCGCACAACUCUUUCCUGGCUCCAUCAUCGACCCACCGCCUGUCAAUCUUUCUGCACAGAACAAGAACGCACACAAAGCCAAGCCGAACCCCAUGGGCAGUGGCCUGGCACUGGCCAUCUCUCAAGCCUCACACUUCCUCCAGCCUCCUCCUCACCAGUCCAUCAUCAUAGAGCGCAUGCACUCUGGUGCACGGCGGUUUGUGACGCUGGACUUUGGGCGGCCCGUGCUGCUGACAGACGCACUGAUCCCCACCUGUGCUGACCUGGCCUCACUCUCCAUCGACAUCUGGACGCUGGGCGAGGAAGUGGAUGGCCGUAGGCUGGUGGUAGCAACAGACAUCAGCACACACUCCCUCAUCCUGCACGACCUGCUGCCCCCUCCUGUCUGCAGGUUCAUGAAGAUCACUGUGAUCGGCCGCUAUGGCAGCACCAACGCCCGUGCCAAGAUCCCAUUGGGCUUCUACUACGGCCACACCUACAUCCUGCCGUGGGAGAGUGAGCUGAAGCUGAUGCACGACCCAUUGAGGGGCGAGAGUGAGGCGGCCAGCCAGCCAGACCUGGAUCAGCACCUUACAAUGAUGGUGGCCCUUCAGGAAGACAUUCAGUGCAGAUACAACCUGGCGUGCCACCGACUGGAGACUCUCCUGCAAAACAUUGACCUCCCACCUUUGAACAGCGCCAACAACGCACAGUACUUCCUGCGGAAGCCUGAUAAGGCGGUAGAGGAGGACUCGCGAGUGUUCUCCGCCUAUCAGGACUGCAUCCAGCUGCAGCUGCAGCUGAACCUGGCGCACCAUGCGGUUCAGAGGCUGCGGGUGUCUCUUGGAGCCGCUCGCGCUCGUUUGCCCGAGGCCUACGAGUCGCAGCAGCUGGUGCACAACUCCUCCACUGAGCAGCUCCGCACCAUCAUCCGUUACCUGUUAGACACACUGCUCAGCCUGCUACACGCCAACAACGGUCACUGUGUUCCGGCAGUGUUGCGGAGCACGUUCCAUGCUCAGGCGUGUGAGGAGCUCUUCAAGCAGCUGUGUAUCAGCGGGACACCCAAAAUCCGGCUGCAUGCUGGCCUGCUGCUGGUGCAGCUGUGUGGGGCGGAGCGCUGGUGGGGCCAGUUCCUCUCAAAUGUUCUGCAGGAGCUCUACAACUCUGAGCAACUGCUCAUCUUCCCCCAGGACAGGGUGUUCAUGCUGCUGUCCUGUAUAGGCCAAAGAUCUCUAAGUAACAGUGGAGUCCUAGAGGGACUACUGAACCUGCUGGACUCGCUGCUGUCUCCUCUGCAACAGCCCUCAGCUUCACAGCACCGCAGGGCUGAAGGGGUGUUGGACAUUCCCAUGAUCAGCUGGGUGGUCAUGCUGGUGUCACGGUUGUUGGACUAUGUGGCCAGUGUGGAGGACGAAGCCACAUCAGCUAAGAAGAACCUGGGGGGCAAAGACAGAGAAAGAACUUUUACAGGGAACCAGUGGAGUUUCAUCAACAAUAGUCUUCAGUCGCAGAACCCGAGCAGAUCAACCAAAGGCAACAGCAGUUUAGAUCGCCUGUACUCGCGCAAGAUCCGCAAGCAGCUGGUGCAUCACAAACAGCAGCUGAAUUUGCUGAAAGCCAAACAGAAAGCCUUGGUGGAGCAGAUCGAGAAAGAGAAGAUCCAGAGCAACAAAGGCUCCUCGUACAAGCUACUGGUUGAACAGGCCAAACUCAAACAAGCCACAUCUAAGCACUUUAAGGAUCUGAUCCGGCUGCGACGGACAGCCGAGUGGCCUCGCUCCUCCCUGGACUCGGAGGCGUCUGUAGCGAAGGAGACACCUGAGGUGGAGCUGCUGCCGUUCACGCUAGCUCACGAGCGCUGCAUCUGUGUGGUCCAGAAACUUGCCCUCUUUCUCCUCUCCAUGGACUUCACCUGCCAUGCUGACCUGCUCCUGUUUGUCUGCAAGGUGUUGGCAAGGAUAGCGAACGCUACCCGCCCUACGAUCCACCUGUGCGAGGUGGUGUCCGAGCAGCAGCUGGAGAGGCUUCUGCUACUGCUGGUGGGGACGGACUUCAACCGUGGCGACAUCAGCUGGGGAGGGGCUUGGGCCCAGUACUCUCUCACCUGCAUGCUCCAAGACAUCCUCGCAGGGGAGCUGUUGUCUCCAGUAUGUUUGGACGGGAUGGAGGAGGGUGCGGUCGGCGACGAGGCCGGGGCUUCCUCCUCCUCGGCCGGGGUGGACUCUGACGAUUCCCUGCCCCAGCCCACGCCCCUGAACCUGGUUGAGACCAUCGAUGAGCCCCUGGGCCCUGAUCUCAUCGCAGGUACUCCCGGGACCUCCUCCGCUUUCCAAAGUGCUCCACCACUAUCAUCUUUGGAAAAAGAUAAAGACAUAGACUUUGACUUGCUACAGGACCUGAUGGAUGUUGAUAUUGAUCCUUUAGAUAUUGAUUUGGAAAAAGAUCCACUCGCCGCCAAAGUUUUUAAGCCUAUCAGCAAUACCUGGUAUGAUUACUGGGGUGCUGACUACGGCACGUACAGUUACAACCCCUACAUAGGGGGAGCAGGCAUACCUGUGUCCAAACCUCCAGCUGCAGCAGAGAAGCCUGGUUCUCAAAACCUGUCAGUUUCAGUCUCCCAAGCUCUGGAUGCUCGUCUAGAGGUGGGGUUGGAGCAGCAGGCCGAGCUCAUGCUGAAGAUGAUGGCCACACUGGAGGCUGAUGCGAUUCUACAGGCCCUUACUUCCAAUUUACCUGCAGUUCCUCAGGCCACUAACGGAACGGAUGACUCUCUCCUGCGGGGCCUCCACAGCUCUCCCCCUGGCAGCGCUCUGAUGGUCCAGCCCUCUUCCAUCCCCAUGCUGAGUGCCUGCUUCAACAAGCUCUUCUCCAUGCUGCAGGUGCACCAUGUGCAGCUUGAGUCUCUGCUGCAGCUGUGGCUGACUCUCAGUCUGAACUCCUCUUCCGGCGGCUCUGAGGAGAGCGGCUCCGACAUCUUUCUCUUCAAUGCCAGCAGAGUGCCCACAAUCCCUCUCAACCAAGCCUCCAUCAGUAGUUUUCUGUCCGUGCUGGCCUGGUAUCCCAACACCUCUCUGCGUACAUGGUGCCUGGUACUACACAGCCUCACUCUCAUGACCAACAUGCCUGCUAGUGCCUCCAACAGUGGGAUGGGUGUGCACGAGAGUACAGCUCAGCAGAUGGUGUCUGACCCCACACUCGUGCACGUCCUGGUGCGAUUCCUGUCCGGUAGCAGCCCUCACGGAACCAGUCAGCACAGCUCGCAGGUCGGUCCAACUGCAACACAAGCUAUGCAAGAAUUCCUUACCAGACUGCAGGUGCACCUGUCCUCCACAUGUCCUCAGAUGUUCAGCGAGUUUCUGCUCAAACUUGUCCAUAUCCUCUCCACGGAGCGAGGGCCCUUCCACUCUGGCCAGGGCCCAUUAGAUGCUCAGGUGAAGCUUCUUGAGUUCACUUUGGAGCAGAACUUUGAGGUGGUCUCGGUGACGACGAUCACAGCGGUCAUAGAGUCCAUUACCUUCCUGGUGCACCACUACAUUACAUGCUCGGAUAAGGUGGUGUCGCGGAGCGGCUCAGACAGUUCUGUGGGCGCUCGCGCCUGCUUUGGAGGCCUCUUCGCUAACAUCAUCCGGCCUGGUGACGCAAAAGCCGUGUGCGGUGAGACCACCAGAGACCAGCUAAUGUUUGACCUCCUGAAGCUGGUCAACGCCCUUGUCAUGCUGCCACUCUCGGGCGACCGGGAGUACAGCGGGCGGCUGCCACCGGUCGGCACUGGUGCCUCCGACAGUGUGUCUGACGAGGAGAAAGUGUGUGGUAGCAAAGAAGGGGGAGCUUCAGGAACAGCACCACAUCAGGGCCCAGCGAUGGGUGUGGCGGACCUAGUGCUGGCCAAUCAACAGAUCAUGAGUCAGAUCCUUUCCGCUCUGGGGCAGUGCAAUAGCAGCGCCAUGGCCAUGAUUAUUGGUGCUAGUGGGCUUCAUCUGACCAAGCAUGAGAACUUCCAUGGUGGUUUGGACGCCAUCUCUGUCGGCGACGGCCUCUUCACUAUCCUGACCACGCUGAGUAAGAGAGCCACCUCCGUGCAGGUGAUGCUGCAGCCCAUCCUCACCUACAUGGCCUGUGGCUACAUGGGCCGUCAGGGCUCUCUAUCCACUUGCCAGCUUUCUGAGCCACUCCUCUGGUUUAUCCUGAGAGUGCUGGACACCAGUGAGGCCCUUAAAGCCUUCCAUGACAUGGGUGGUGUGCAGCUAAUCUGUAACAACAUGGUCACAAGCACGAGAGCCAUAGUGAACACAGCCCGCAGCAUGGUGUCCACCAUCAUGAAGUUCCUGGAUUCUGGGCCGGGCAAAGCAGCCGAUGGGAGCCUCAAAGCCCGAGUGCUCGCCUCAGAGCCUGACAACGCUGAGGGCCUGCACAACUUCGCCCCUCUCGGCACCAUCACUUCCAGCAGCCCCACAGCUCAGCCAGCCGAGGUGCUUCUGCAGGCAACUCCUCCUCACCGGCGUGCAAGAUCCGCUGCCUGGUCUUACAUCUUCCUCCCGGAGGAGGCCUGGUGUGACCUCACAAUCCACCUCCCUGCUGCAGUGCUACUCAAAGAGCUCCACAUCCAGCCCCAUCUGGCCUCCCUCGCCACGUGUCCCUCCUCCGUGUCAGUGGAGAUCAGUGCGGAUGGUGUGAACAUGCUUCCCCUCUCCACGCCAGUCGUAACCAGCGGUCUGACCUACAUCAAAAUCCAGCUAGUGAAGGCAGAGGUGGCCUCAGCUGUGUGCUUGCGGCUUCACCGGCCUCGGGACGCCAGCACUCUCGGCCUGUCUCAGAUCAAGCUGCUCGGCCUCACCGCCUUCGGCAACACAUCCUCAGCCACUGUAAACAACCCCUUCUUGCCCUCCGAGGACCAGGUCUCCAAAACCAGUAUCGGCUGGCUGCGGCUGCUGCACCAUUGUCUGACGCACGUGUCCGAUUUGGAGGCAAUGAUGGCGAGUGCGGCAGCGCCCACAGCCAACCUGCUGCAGACCUGUGCCGCCCUGCUCAUGUCACCCUAUUGCGGCAUGCACUCGCCCAACAUCGAAGCAGUACUCGUGAAGAUCGGCCUGCAGUCCACCCGCAUCGGCCUCAAACUGAUCGACAUCCUGCUCCGCAACUGCGCCGCCUCUGGAACGGACCUUGCCAAUCUGAACAGUCCGCUGCUCUUUGGGAGACUGAACGGUCUUUCAUCUGACUCCACCAUAGACAUCCUCUACCAGCUGGGCACCACACAGGAUCCUGGCACAAAGGAUAGGAUCCAGGCCCUGCUGCAGUGGGUACAUGACUCGUCACGGGUGGCAGCCCUGAAGCAGAGCUCUCCGGCGGGCUUCAUGGGGCCGGGAGCAUCGCCCUCGCGUGAAUACGGCCUCCUCAUGCCCUCUCCUUCACACCUCCACUGUGUGGCUGCUAUCUUGUGGCACAGCUAUGAGCUCCCUGUAGAAUAUGACCUUCCUGCACUGCUCAGCCGUGAGCUUUUUGAGUUGCUCUACAACUGGUCCAUGUCGUUGCCAUGCAACAUGGUCCUGAAGAAGGCUGUGGACAGCCUCCUGUGCUCCAUAUGCCACAUCCACCCAACCUAUUUCUCCCUACUGAUGUCCUGGAUGGGCUUGGCGGCACCUCCUGCGGCCCAGGCCCAGGCACAAGCGCAGCGUCGCUUGGCCAUGACUGACGAUGGAAAGAAGCAGCGAGAGCUGAGCGGUGCCGCCGCCUCCUCCUCACUAACGGACGACUCCAAGCACGCCCGCUCGCCCGCCUCACCCGCCUCGCUGUCCGAGUGCCAGCUGGCUACACUGGCUGCAGCCUCUCAAUCUCCCGGGGCCAUCCAGCAGCUGCUGGACUCGGGACUGCCUGCCCUGUUGGUGCGCAGCCUGGCCGGCCUGUGCUGCAGCCUCCUAGCCAGCGCUGACCUGCCACUUCCUGCUGGCCAGCAAGAUCGACGCCAUGCCCAACACAAUCACCCCUCAUCCUCUGGUUCAUCAUCAUCCUCAAGCCGGCUGCAGCUGUCCCCGGACCUAGCUGCGCCAGUCUUGCGCUUCCUCACAGAAGUGGGCAACAGCCAUGCUAUGAAGGACUGGCUUGGAGGACCAGAGGUCAACCCACUCUGGACAUCGCUCCUUUUCCUCUUGUGCCACUCCAGCGCUAGUGGAGCGGCUAACAGUGGACACAGAGCCUCGCCUGGGACCUCUGAGGCUGGUCCUGCGCCCCAGCCUUCUGGAUCAAGGUAUACGCUGGCGUCGACAGGGCGGAGCAACGGCCUCACCACCCAGCAAAGGACUGCCAUAGAGAACGCCACUGUAGCCUUCUUCCUGCAGUGCAUCUCCUGCCAUCCCAAUAACCAGAGACUCAUGGCACAGGUUCUGUGUGAGCUGUUCCAGUCUGCUCCACAGCGGGGGAAUGUUCCAGUGUCAGGGAAUAUCUCCGGCUUCAUCCGUCGACUCUUCCUGCAGCUCAUGCUGGAGGACGAGAAGGUUACAGUCUUCCUACAGUCCCCCUGCCCGCUGUAUAAAGGGCGGAUCAAUGCCACCAGUCACGUGAUCCAGCACCCCAUGUAUGGAGCCGGCCAUAAGUUCCGCAAGCUUCAUCUGCCCAUUUCAACCACGCUGGCUGAAGUACUGGACCACGUCUCUGACACACCGAGCAUCACGGCCAAACUGCUGAAUGAGCAGAAAGAGGACAAAGAGAAGAAGAACCACGAGGAAAAGGAGAAGAUGAAGGCCGACAACGGUUUCCAGGACAACUACAGCGUGGUGGUGGCCUCAGGUCUGAAGUCACAGUCGAAACGAGCCUUGUCGACCCCUCCGCGGCCCCCGUCCCGGCGAGGCCGAGUGCUUAGCGAUAAGCUGGCGUCCUCUUCAGGAGUCGAUUCUUCUGCCAAAACCAUCAGCGUGCCUGUCUUCCACCUUUACCACAAACUACUGCCAGGUCAGCCAUUGCCUGCGGAGAUGACCUUGGCCCAGCUGCUGACCUUGCUGUAUGAACGCAAGCUUCCUCAAGGCUACCGCUCCAUUGACCUCACUGUCAAAUUGGGAUCAAAGGUCAUCUCUGACUCAGGCCUCUCCAAGACCGACUCCUUCAAAAGGCUCCGUACAGAGAAAGAGCACUGCGAAAUGCUGAGCAGUUGUCCAGAGGAUGAGCCCAUGACCCCAGGCGAGGAGUGUUUGGAUGCAGCCAUAGAUGAGUCCCUGCUGGAGACGAGCCCCAUCCAGUCCCCCCUGCAGGUGUUCGCAGGAAUGGGAGGCCUGGCCCUCAUUGCAGAGAGGCUACCCAUGCUCUACCCUGAUGUCAUCCAACAGGUCAGUGCGCCCGUGGUGCCAUCCACAACGCAGGAAAAGCCCAAGGACAGUGACCAGUUCGAAUGGGUCACCAUCGAGCAGUCAGGCGAGCUGGUGUACGAGGCGCCUGAGAACAUUGCUGCAGAGCCUCCGCCAAUCAAGUCUUCAGUGCAGACCACUUCGCCCAUCCCCGCCCACUCGCUGGCCGCCUUCGGGCUUUUUCUGCGGUUGCCCGGCUACGCAGAGGUGCUCCUAAAGGAGCGCAAACACGCGCAGUGCCUGCUGCGCUUAGUGCUGGGUGUGACUGAUGAUGGCGAGGGAAGUCACAUCCUGCAGUCUCCCUCGGCUAACGUCCUCCCGACGCUGCCGUUCCACGUGCUCCGUGCGCUCUUCAGUGCGACGCCCCUGACCACGGAUGACGGCCUGCUGCUGCGACGCAUGGCACUGGAGAUCGGAGCCAUCCACCUGAUCCUGGCCUGCCUGUCGGCCCUGAGCCACCACGCCCCCCGCGUGCCAAGCAACAGUGCCAGCCAGAGCGAG